UUUCGUUGUAACGACCGCAAUGCGCGCGCAGCUUUCCUUGUUCCCUCGAUUUCUCAAAGAUCCCCAUCAUUAAAAUCAUUCAUGAUCUACAGAUUGAUAGGAAAAUAUACGAGGAAUAUUUUGAUAUAUAUAUAUCUGGUAUGCUGAUUAUGAAACAAAAGUUAUUAGACUUUCUUUCAGACUAAAGAUGUGAAGGUCAUAGAGCAUGCGCAGUUUAAAAUUUGGCGCGAAAGGUUUUCGCCAGCCUAAAUUUGCAUGAAAAUGGAUAUCCGGAAUUUCUUUGGUGCUAAAAGUGUUGCAAAAAAGCCCAAAGAACCAACAAAGGAGAAGGCUUCAGCUGAGAAAAAGCAACCAAAACCAAAGCCCCCUGUAACAAGAAAAGACACAUGUGCUUUAAAAGAAAAUGGAGUAAAGGAAAGUAAUAAAGCAAAAGAUGAAGAUGAACUUUUGAUUAUUGAUGAGAACAGUUACUGUGAUUCUGUAUCUUCACCAAAAAGUGAAACAAAAACUGGAAAAUCCAAAUCCAAAUCAAACAGCUGUUCCAAGAUGAAGAAAGAUUCAGAAGCUUCUGGUUCAGGAAACAAAAGGAAGAAAAGUGUUGAGAAAAGUUGGAAAGCGAACAAAGAUCUGUUUGAUAGCGGAGACAGUGAAGAUGAAGAGAUCAGUACUCGGAGACAGAAAAGUAAACAAAAAGCAAAGAAGGUUGUUGCUGUGUCAGAAUCUGACAGUGAUGACGAUAUCAAAACUAGCAAGAAGAAAGGCAAGAAAAAGCAGAAAGCAAAGAAAUCCCAGGUUAUAGACUCAGAAUCUGAAGAGGACCCUAUCCCCAAGAAGAGAAGUCGAAAUAAGGCUAGUACUAAAAAGAAGAUCACAACAUAUGUCUCUGAUUCAGAUGAUGAGAAACCCAAAAGAAAUACUGUUGACACAUAUUUCAAACCUGCCACCCCAAAACAGCCUUCACCCAAAAAAUCACACUCCAAGAAGUUGACUCCUGACAAAGGCCAGUUGAGUGUCAUGGAUUUCUUUGGGGGAGGUGAGGUGAAGAGAUCAGAGAAGAAAACAAUAGGAACAGAGCAGAAGAUAACAGUGGAGGAGAAGAAAAAAGGGACUAAAAGGAAAGCGGAUGCAACUAAAGCCCGUGACUCAAAGAACAAUGGUAUUUCUGAUAUACAUUAUGAAAUGGAAAUGCACAGUGAUGAUGAUUUCGCUGAAACAUUGGCCCUCAUUGAUGAAAUGGAACAAAAGGCUAAAAAGGCAAAGACUGAGCCAGAUGAAGAUAUUAUUCCUGAUACCCCUCCUUCUAAAGAAUCCACAAAAAAGCAACCCUCUGAAUCUAAAUCAUCACCUAAAAAGCAACCCUCUGAAUCUAAAUCAUCACCUAAAAAGCAACCCUCUGAAUCUAAAUCAUCACCUAAAAAGCAACCCUCUGAAUCUAAAUCAUCACCUAAAAAGCAACCCUCUGAAUCUAAAUCAUCACCUAAAAAGCAACCCUCUGAAUCUAAAUCAUCACCUACAAAACAGCCCAGUGAAUCUAGAUCUUCUCCAAGGAAACAAAUAUCAGAAUUUAAACCAUCACCAGAAAAACAAUCAAAUUUAAGUAAAACACCUAAAAAGAAAUCCCUUGAAACUUCAUACUCUUCUCCAAGUUCUUCCAUACCUGAUAAAAAGACUCCACAAAAAAGCCAUUUAACUCCUGUUAGGUCAUCACCAAGACGACCUUCAAGAGAUUCACAAAGUUCAAGGUCAUCAACUCCAACCCUCAGUCAACCAAUCAGAUCAUCUCCCAGGAGAACACCAAAAACUAGUGAUUCUUCAAGCAGUCUUUCCAGUAAACUCUCAUCUAAAGCCAAAGCCAGUAAAAGCCUUGUAGUGGAUACACCUAAAGCCAAAACUCCCAAGAAGACUCCAGUUAAGGACAUCAACGUGCAGGUGCUUGCUGAAGACACCCCUGUUUCAAAACAAAAGCCAGAUGAGGGCACCCCUUCUUCACUGCAAAGAGGAGCUAGCUAUAGGUCUUACUUAACCCGUGAGGGGCCUCGCUCUUUGGGCUCUAAAGAGGUUCCUGAGGGAGGUGCUAACUGCCUUGAAGGGCUGACGUUUGUCAUCACAGGGGUGCUGGAGUCAUUUGAAAGAGAUGACCUGAAGAGUAUCAUAGAACGCUUUGGUGGCAAGGUCACUGGGAAUGUUAGUAAGAAGACAACAUAUGUCGUAGCAGGGAGGGAUGCAGGAACAGCCAAAAUGUCUAAGGCUGAACAGUUUAAAACUGAAAUUCUGGAUGAGGAUGGAGUCUUAGAUCUGAUCCGGUCCAAACCUGGUAAAAAGUCGAAAUAUGAAAUCAUGGCUGAGAAGGAGGUUAAGGCAUCACUGAAUUCAGCCAAAUCUUCACCAAAAAUUUCAAAGUUUGACAGCCAAUCAGAACGCUUAUCACAGACUUCAUCAAAAUAUGAUAGCCAAUCAGAACGCCUUACACAAGCAACUUCAAGCCAGGAUAGCCAAUCAUCAAGUAGGACAGUAAAUUCUCAAGAACAAUCUGACCAAUCAGGGCCCACACUCUUAUGGGUAGAUAAAUAUAAACCAACUUCACUUAAAAGUAUUAUAGGACAACAAGGUGACAAAUCUAAUGCAAAGAAAUUAUUUAAUUGGUUGCGUGACUGGCAUAAAUAUUGUGGGGAGGGUAAGGCAAAGACUGGACCCAGCAAGUGGGGUGAGGAUGGGAGGGGGUACAGGGCUGCCUUAUUGUCAGGGCCCCCUGGAAUUGGCAAGACUACAUCAGCCACACUCGUCUGUCAGGAAGCGGGUUUCACUUAUGUUGAGUUGAAUGCCUCUGAUACCAGAUCUAAGAAGAGUCUACAGUCAGAAGUAGCAGAAGCACUGAAUAACCACACUCUCAUGGAUUACUUCUCUACUUCGGGUAAGGUGAAGAGUAGCCAUGAGAUAGGAUCUAAGCAUGCACUGCUUAUGGAUGAAGUCGAUGGGAUGGCUGGUAAUGAGGACAGAGGGGGAAUGCAGGAACUCAUUGGCUUGAUUAAGAGCACCAAAAUCCCAAUAAUUUGUAUGUGCAAUGACAGACAGCAUCCCAAGAUCAGAUCUCUAGUCAACUAUUGCUUUGACCUAAGGUUCCAGAGACCCAGAGUAGAACAAAUCAAGGCUGCUAUGAUGACCAUUGCAUACAGAGAGAAGUUGAAGAUUCCUCCACCCGCAAUGAAUGAAGUUAUAGAAGCUUCCAACCAUGAUGUUAGACAGGUCUUGCACAACCUUGAGAUGUGGAGUGCAAAAGAGAAGGCACUAAGCAAUGAACAAAUCAAAUCAGAUGCCAAGAAGGCUCAAAAAGAUCUUAAAUUGGGUCCAUUUGAAGUGUGUAGGAAGGUUUUCUCUAAUCAAGAUCAUCAGAGCAUGAGUCUGAAUGACAAGUCAGAUCUAUUCUUCCAUGACUAUAAUAUAGCUCCUCUUUUUGUACAAGAAAAUUACAUUACUGCAAACGCUUUUGCUGCAAGAGGAGACAUCAAGAAACAGUUAGAUUUACUAAGUAAGACUGCAGAUAGCAUUGCUUCAGGUGACCUUGUGGACAAAAAGAUAAGGAAUGAACAAGCCUGGUCCAUGCUGCCCUUACAGGCCAUGUUUGCCAGUGUUCUACCUGGGGAGUAUAUGUCAGGCUCUUGUGGUCAGAUCAACUUCCCCUCCUGGCUGGGCAAAAACUCAACAAAAACCAAGACAAAUAGAAUUCUACAAGAGCUACGCACGCAUAUGAGACUCAAGGUAUCUUGUGCAAAAGAGGGCCUCAGUAUGGAAUAUCUCCCCCACAUGAAACACCGUCUGACAAAGCCUUUAAUAGAGAGUGAGACAGAGGGGGUCAGAGAGGUCAUAGAUAUGCUGGAUGAGUACAACAUGCUGAAAGAAGACUUUGACAAUAUCAUGGAUAUCACGCUGUGGUCAAAUGAACAGAACCCAAUGUCCAAAGUUGCCACUAAAGUUAAAUCAGCAUUCACCCGCACCUACAACAAGGAGUCACACGCUACACCCUAUUCCACUGAGGGUGCUCCUGUGAAGAAGAAACGAGGUGGAGGGGCCAACACUGAUCAACUAGAGGGAGAUGAGGAUGUGGAAGGUGCAACACAGGGUGAAGAUGAGGAAGAGGAGGUUACUGCAGAUGCUUUUAUGAAGAAGAACAAACCAGGAGGAAAAACCACUAAGAAGUCAGCAACAACUGACAAAGGCAAAGGAAAGGGGAAAGGCAAAGGAAAGAAAUAGACAUUAUUUUUAUAUGAAGACAGUGUGGAUUUAGAUUCUGCUGAUAUUGUGACAAAUUCUGCUAUUUUGUCGAAAGGAUUGAACAAUUACCAAAUGUACUAGCAAAUCUUUAUAUGCACAUUAUGUAGAUACUAAUAUGCCAAUAUGGUUGCUAUAUGCUAUGAAAACAGGUGACUCUCAUGAAAUUGCUCAUAGCUUUUAAAAUACCACUAGUGAUGUCAAGAGGAAAAGGAUUGCUUAUAAAGAAAUUAAUGAUUUAUUUAUAUCCCAGCUGUUAUAUGACAUUUCUAUGCAAAUAAUGCGAAAAAUAUUAUGAUACUAUGAAUGAAUAAACACAUAUAAAUGGAACAAAGAUACAUUGUUUAUCUUCUUUCACUAUAGCAAAUAAGUGUUUUGGCCUAAAUGGAAGAGAUUUGGAGCAAAUAGAUAGAUUUGCUGAAGGAAGGAAAGGAAUUGAAAUUGAAAACGGCUGCUCAAUAAUUCAAAAGAAUGGCCAUAUUUGUAAGAAAAAAUUAAAGAUUUAGUUCAUAUGUUGAUCCUUGAGGGUCAUUUGAGCUCUGUUUGAGAAGAGAUUUUCAAGAUGGUUGCUGAAUUCAAAUGGCCGCCAUUUUCAUAAAAAAUGUAAUCUUUGAUAACUCAAACACCAGUCAAAGGAUUCGAAUCAAAUUUAAAUGCUGAUGCCUUGGGGACAUAGGACUCUG